AGUUCCUUAGACAUGUCAAAACAUGAGAGUACUUCCACUGAGCUUCUCCAUGCUCAAGCUCAAAUCUGGAACCAUAUUUUCAACUUUAUAAGUUCUUCGGCAGUAAGAUGUGCACUUCAACUAGGUAUUCCUGAUGCCCUUUACAAACAUGGUAAGCCCAUGUCCCUUGAUGAACUCUCUGCUGGACUCUCUGUCGUCAAUUCUUCAAAGGUUUCUUUCUUGGCGAUCUUAAUGCGCUUUCUAGUGCAAUCCGGUUUCCUAAAUCAACAUGAAGAUCAAUAUUUCCUUACUCCAGCUAGUCGCCUUCUUGCAAAAAAUGAGCCCUUCAAUGUUAGGUCAGUCUUGCUGCUCAACCAUGGUCCAGCCUUUUCAAAAGCAUGGUCGGAGUUAAGUGCUUGGUUCCAAAAUGAUUCUCCCACUGCUUUUCAUAAUGCUCAUGGAAAAAUUUUCUGGGAUUAUAUUGAGGAAGAAGAACCUAGAGUACUAGGUGAUAUUUUCAACGAUGCAUUGUCUAGUGACUCGAGGUUCAAUACUAGUUUGCUUAUUACAGAGUGUAAACACGUGUUUGAAGGGUUGACCUCUUUGGUGGAUGUUGGUGGUGGCACCGGUACUGUGUCUAUCGCCAUAGCCAAAGCUUUUCCUUACCUAAAGUGCGCUGUACUUGAACUCCCUCAUGUUAUCGGCCACUGCAAAGGAAGUGGGAAUUUGGAUUUUGUUGGAGGAGAUAUGUUCGAUAAGAUUCCCCAUGCUAAUGCCAUCUUACUUAAGGCUAUUCUGCACGACUGGAAGGGCAAAGAUUGUGUGAAGAUACUGAAGAAAUGCAAAGAGUCAAUUCCAAGUAGAGAGAAAGGAGGGAAAGUGAUAAUCAUAGACACUGAGCAAUGAGUUUGUUCGAGCACAACAUAAUAUGGAUAUGCUAAUGAUGGUUCUUUAUGCUACCAAAGAAAGAACUGAAAAGGAGUGGGAGAAGCUUUUCAUUGAAGCUGGAUUUACUGAAUACUAAAUAACUCCCGCUCUAGGUUUAAGGUCUCUCAUUGAAAUUUACCCAUAAAGCUUGAAAAAACAGUCUUAGUACAAGGAAAUGCAUGUAAAUUUAGAGUGCUUGCAAUUGCAUCUUUCUUUAGUACUUUUAAUUUGUAGUGGUCCGAGGUUCACCACCGCUCCGUUUGAAUGAUGUGUUCUCAUUGUGUGGUGGAGUAU